CAUUCUUGCUUCUGGCAACGCUUCUAUUGGGCGUUGUUUUUGUGUAAACUUUUGUUUUGUGUAAUAAUUAAGUUAAACUAUUUGUAAAUCUUGUUAACGAAUCUCCAAUAUGCAAGCUCAAAUCAUUCCCUUAACCUUGCUAUUGCUGCUGGCAGUUUUCAUUCAACAAGGUGAUGCUAUUUGGUGUUACCGCUGUACCUCAGCUACGCCUGGCUGUGCGGACCAUUUCAAUUGGCGUGGCAUAGGUUACCUGGGCGAGCAAUGCCCAGAGCCCAAUGAUAUAUGCGUGAAAGUCACAGAACGCCGAGGAGCCCAAGAGACCAUCACACGAGAUUGUCUUAGUGCCUUGAGUUUCCGCACGGAUAUACCUGCCGAUAAGUACGAAGGUUGCCGUCCAGCAGCCGUAGAUUGGCAUCUAGCACAUUAUGUGAAUCACACAAUUAAAGAGCACGAUGUUAAACGUGACUACUUUACGAAUACCACAUUCUGUUUCUGUUUCCUGGAUCAUCGUUGCAAUGGAGCCAGUAGCAAAUCAAUGGCUCUGGGUCUAACUAUGUUCCUAGCCAGCGUAGUGGCAGUGAUGCUACACUAGCGCCUAUAGCAUAGUGUCAAUGAUGCUAUACUAGUGCCUUUACAAAAGAAAACGAACGACAGUUCGACCGUCCAAGUUGAGCUCGAAUCUCAUGCUUUUAACACUCAAAUCAAGCAUUCCCGUCCAAAAAAAACAUGUACAACUUCUUUUUUUUUUUUUGUAUUAUUGCCUUACACUUUUGUAGUCUUUUUAAUCAAAUACAUUAUACAAUUUUACAAUA